AUGAUUUUCCUUCCUCCUCUCCAACUUUUUUUCUUUCUUCUGGUUCUUUCUUAUAGUGGCAGUAUUAUUUCAUCUAUUUACAGGUCAUAUUCAAUACCUACUGAUUUCUUACUUCUUCUCUUCCCUCCCUUUUCCUCCUUUUCUUUCUUCUUCUCUUCCAUCCCUUUUCCUCCUUUUCUUUCUUCUUUUCUAUCUCUUUUCCUGCCUUUCGGAUUUGAACUCAAUUUAGAAAAAAACUUUUUUCUAUUCUAUCCAUUAACUUUUUUUCUUUUCUUCUUCUCUUCCAUCCUUUUUCCUUUUUUCUUUCCUCUUCUCUUCCAUCCCUUUUACUUCUUUUGUUUCUUCUUCUCUUCCAUCCCUUUUACUUCUUUUGUUUCUUCUUCUCUUCCAUCCCUUUUACUUCUUUUGUUUCUUCUUCUCUUUCAUGUUUUCCCUUUUUUUCUUAAUUUUUUUCUUGUAUUCAUUUUUUUCACUUCUCUUUCGUUCUCUUCCGCGUUUUUACUUGCUUCGUAUCUUUCAUCUUCUUUCUUUUUCAUUCUUUUCUCUUCUUUUUUUUUUUGCUUUUUCUCUUUCCUUCUUUUUAUUCUUUUUGCUUGUUUCUUCAGUUUCCAUUUUCUUUCUUUCAUUCCCUUUUCUCUUUCCUCUUUUUUUCUUUUUAUUUGA